AUGUCGACUCCUUUACCUCCCGAUCCAUACAAGGCUCUUGGUGUUCUCAAAGAUGCGAAGCUGGCAGAGAUUCGGAGCGCACAUCGGAAGCUCGUGCUCAAAUGCCAUCCAGACAAGGUGCAGGACGCCGCUCUGAAGGCAAAGGCUGUAGAUGAGUUCCACAAGAUCCAACAGGCAUACGAGAUAUUGAGCGACGAUGUGAAGAGAGUCCAGUAUGAUGAACGUUUAAAGCUGGAAGAACUGAGGAGAGAGAUGGGUCGUGGGAUGCCUCAUAAACAGGAUCCAUUCGAGCACCAGAUCAGAACCGACCGAGGAUCCGACGUUAACAUUAGAACAGCCGAAUUCAGACCUCCUACCUUUACACGCGCGAAAACAUCACAACCCGCACCUAAAGUGUAUUCGCAUACCCCUCCUAGAUCAUACGAGGAUGUUCCUUCACAUUACGAGGAGAACCGAAAUGGACCAAGAAAGACCGCCAGCUACGAAUCGACCGACCGAAAACACGCAUCAGUGAGAGAUGAGAAAACGAGAAGAAGAGAAGAAGAUGAGCGGGAGAGACUGCGAGUCGAGAAGGACCUGAAAAGAUCCGGCUAUGGCAAGAAGGAGAAGACCAGAGAUCGGGAGCGAAAGAGAGGCACAGAUGACAAAUACUCCCGGGUACUUGUGGAGUCUGACUCCGAAGACGAGCCACGACGACAUGAGACUCGCUCCUCGGUCAGAAAGGAGACCAGAUAUCGAGACGAGAUACGUGAAGAACCACUCCGUCCUCAUGCACCAAAAGCAGCUCCAUUGGCUCCUAAGUGGGCUUCACACCAAGAGGAAGCUGCUGCGUAUAUGUUGGCUUCGAAAAGCCGGGUCAAACGGGAAGUUAAACGGGAAGUUCCACCAACAGCUCCGUCUGUAGAUGACUUUCAUCCACAACCGUUGAAAAGAGCACCACCUCUCCACAGGGCGGAAACCUAUGCUGCAGGUUCGACUACCUAUCCAGUCCGACAUGCCCAUGCGGACGAGUACAUCAGUGACGAUGAAUCGCCUCGAAGAUCUUCAGCGGCUCGAAAAGAGUCCCGAAAGUCUGCAGAAACAUCAAGUCGAAAAGAGAAAUCGAGUAAAGACAGAAGUCGUAGAUCAUCACCCAACUCGCCUUAUAUAGUCGACGAUGCUCCAAAGAAACCAUCUCUUCAGAGCUACCAGUCGGCACCACCCGUCAUCCCUAACAGUUCUGCUCCUAGGGAAAAGCCGAGUCGUUCUCAGACGCAAGAUUAUCCUCGACAAGAUACCGUCCCACAUCUUCCACGGGCAGCAACAUUUCAUGGCGAACAUAAACGCUCGGAUAGAAGUCGUGAAAGAGGUGGCGGUACCCGGUUGAAGCAGUCACAUGUGGCUACAGAUUCUGAUUCCGAGGCUGAGUCGCCACGACAGCAAACACAUCGUCGAUCGCACAGUCCGGUCGCCCGUUCAAGUCCAAGGGUUCAGGAAUAUUCGGCGGCGACUCAACAUCGCUACGUUUAUGCAGAAGGAAAAACUCAGCGAGUUGAAAGUCGUCCUCAUCGCGAGGAUUUGCGAAAUCUCGAUGAUGAAUAUCAUUCUCGAGGCCGCGAAUCAUCUCCUCCUGGACGACGAGGCAGCCGGGAAGAACGACCAGCAGCUGCUCGGAAUCAAAGUAGUAGUCAAUCACAACCCGUUCGAGGCAUGCCUAUCCGAAGUGCGACUUUUAGCUAUGCGCCAGAAUCAGCACCAAUUAUUCGUGAAGCACGUCCAGCCGGUCCCGUAAGAGAGACAAGCUACCGAAGUUCGAGUAGAAACACCAAGCCCAUAUAUGGCGAAGUUCAAUAUGCGCCAAACUACGGCCCAGAAAACGUCACUUACAGCAAAACGCCUGUUGGCAUUUAUGGAUCUAGUUCGAGAAGAACGCGGGAGCCGGAAACCUACUCAAGUCGUGAUUACUAUCAACCGACGAGAGAAAGUCGACGCUCGGAAGUGUCUUACUAG